AUGGAAGAAAUUACAGGUCAAGAAAUUAAUGAAUCUGCAUCAAAAGACUCGCAGAAGAAACCAAGCUUCAAACGUAUAUGCGUCUUCUGUGGCAGCAGAUCUGGAUCCAAGCCUGCGUUUAGUGAUGCAGCUCUUGUGCUUGCUAAAUUGCUUGUUGAAAGAAAGAUUGAUUUGGUCUAUGGUGGAGGAAGCUUAGGACUAAUGGGUUUGAUCUCUAAGACCGUGUUCGAUGGCGGCUGUCAUGUUCUUGGAGUGAUUCCUGAAGCAGUGUUUCCCCGUGAGAUAUCUGGGGAAACUUUCGGAGAAGAGAAAAUUGUUGCAGAUAUGCAUGAGAGGAAAUCAGAAAUGGCUAAACAUGCUGAUGCAUUCAUAGCACUUACUGGAGGUUAUGGAACCAUGGAAGAGCUGCUGGAGGUGAUAGCCUGGUCUGAGUUAGGAAUACAUGAUAAACCAGUUGGAUUGUUGAAUGUGGAUGGGUAUUUCAACAGCUUGCUGAGUUUUUUUGAUAAAGGAGUAGAUGAAGGUUUUAUAGAGAGCUCUGCAAGGAAUCUUGUGGUCGUAGCAGACACACCAGCUGAACUCCUACACAAAAUGGAGGUACACAACACAAGACUUAAAUUUUUUUUUUUGUUUAAUAAAAUUUAA